UGAAGGAACAUUUAUAAACAAAUGUACUGUAUCCUUAUCUUCUGGUUAAAACAAACAACAGAUUGCUUGUAUCGUAAGGGUUACAGUGGGCCAGCGCUCGUGUGACACGCUGUGUGCCUGCUGUUCAACUAUACUAACUGAACUGGACAGGAUGCUGACUUUCUCAAAAACAUCCCCCAGCCUGCGGCAGCGAGCUAACUCUUGAUUUAAGACCUCUACUGUUCCGUCUCAGAUGUCAGGACUGCAAAACAACACCAACUGUAAAAAGGAUGGUUCACAGAAGGUUGGGCUCAGCUUUGAGGAUGGGGCAAAAACAAUUGCUUUUCCUUCAAUGACUUAAAUGAAUGCAGUCAACCCUCUAUUGCUGAGAAUGGACAAGAAUGACCAAGUGCCAGCCAAACAAGGAGUUAUGAGGGGGAUUAUUUGGAGCAACUGUUGGCAAUCUUAAGGAUAGGAACAGCUAAUCAAGACGACAGCUUUUGACAGUGUGUGGACCUCUACCCUGGUGAAACUCUGGCUACUCUGAUUCCUAACGAAAGCAUCCUUACGGCACAAUGCUGUGUGCUCAGGGUGUGGCCGCACCCCUAAUGCUGAGCUCUUUUCUGCUGCAGCUAGUCAGAGCCAAUCUCCCUUCUGGCUGCCUGAUUGCAUCUGAUAUCCUAAGCUGCACCAACCUUGGCCUUGUCCAAUUCCCGGUAGAGUUGCCUGUAAUGGUGGUAACAUUGGACUUCAACCACAACCGCUUAGAAUGUCUUAAGGAGGGUAGCUUUGCUGGCCUUCCUAAUCUUGACACCAUACGGUUAGCCCACAAUCAGCUGAGCAGACUCACUCCUGGAACCUUCCGGAAUACAAGUAACAUACGCCAUCUGGACCUUUCCUCCAAUCAACUGAACAUUAUUGAGCAGCAUUACUUUCAAGAGUUAGUAGGAAUCGAGGAGCUACUCCUUUACAACAACCGCAUAGUUAGGGUGGAGAGCAAAGCCCUGAGUGGUUUAAGCAACCUACACAAAGCCUACCUGAGUCAUAACAGACUGACAGAUUUCCCCUUUUUUUCCAUUCAAGAACAUGCUAAUAUGACGCUGGAUCUAAGCUCGAACCGUAUGCCCAACCUUCCGGUCGAGGAUAUUGAGGCUCUAGAGGAAUCACUACAGAGAGGGUUGUUCCUGCACAACAAUACCCUAAAUUGUGGGUGCUCAAUAUACAGCAUGUUUAAACAGUGGGAGCAUAGAGGCUUUACUUCAGUGAGAGAUUUUCGGGAGGAGCAUACCUGCUUGCUUCAUGGCGACCACCGUGCUCCAGUGAAGUUUCUUCAAUAUGUACGAUUCUUUGAAAAUUGCAAGGUAAAACUUCAAAUUAAGAAGAGUCUGACAGCAGACGCUGGAAAUUCAGUGAAGUUGAAUUGUGAAACAAUUCAAUUAAAGGGAAAGCAUCUUACCUACUGGUGGGUAUCCCCAAGUAAGGAAUACAUUGCUCCCCCUGGUAAUAACAAUACUCUGCGAAUGUAUGCAGACGGUACUUUGGAAAUCUUGGCAGCACAAGUGGAGGACUCUGGGGUAUACUUGUGCAUGGCUCAAUACCAUCAAGAGUCACUCAACGAGACUUGUGAAGUUAAUCUAACUGUGUUGAUACACCCCCAGGAGGAGGAGUCCUUUAAUACUGGCUUUACAACCCUGCUGGGUUGUGUUGUCAGCCUUGUUUUGGUCCUAAUGUACCUCUACUUGACACCCUGCCGCUGCUGGUGUCGCAAGCAGCCCCUACCAGUGACACCAAGCCCUGCAAACGAAUGCAGCGCCCAGUCAUCUAUCCUGACGCCCACGCCACCUGCCACCACGGAGGGGCCCGGCCGCAAGGUCAGUAACAACAAGCAUGUGGUCUUUCUGGAACCCAUCAAGGAGGCACAGAAUGGGAGGCCGCGGGCAUCACUGGCCCUCGAGUAUCCCAAGCUGGCAGUAACACGGAGCGAUGCUGACUCUGUCACUUCUGUCUUCUCAGACACCACUAUUGUGCCAUAGCGGCUGCUUUCUCUCAACCCAACGACCUGCUCAAAUGAGCAUGUGGGUCCUUCAACGUGGCAGUCUGUAACUGCACAGCUACUCAGGACAGAUCAGGGAGAGGGCUUUGCAAGCCCUUAGCAGGGAGCAGAACAGACCAGGAAAGCACAUACUAUCAGAGAGAAGAGAGAUAUACAAACAAAAUCCAAAAAGAUGGAGCCAUGUGCUCCCAAGAUUUGGCUGUAAAGUUUUACUGAGCUAUGAGACGAUACAUGAAGAAGGAAAUGGUUUGAAACUACAAAAAUUGAGAAGGGUAAAAGCUUCCCCUUUACCACUGCUUGAGCCUUGAUAGAUUCAUAGCUAUGAAUGCCUUGUCUAGAGCAUAUAACCCAAUGAAUACUGCAUAAACCCUACUCUACUCUAGAAAUAGCAUGAACGAUAUGAAGGAGAAUGACAAGAGCCUAUUGAAUAUCUAGUUUUUUACAGAUAUGACUAUAAUGUUGAUUUUUUGUUUUUUUUAGGUGUCCUUUGUACCCCUGUGUUUCCCAUUGACAACUUAGUGAGUAGUUAGCAGCAGAAAAUCCCUUUCAAGCAGUCAUGCCCACUUUGAAAAUGUAAGGGUUUUGGUCAUAAAAAAUGCAUUCACUAAAAAGUAGGGAUUGUUGAGAAGUUGUUUAAAAAAAAUUGACAUUCAGUCAUGCAAGUUGGUGCUCCUAAGCUAUCAGAGUGAAUGUGGAUAUCACACAGAGGUCGCAUCCUAUCCUUAUUAAGAUUAUAACUUGAAAUGGAUGAAAUUGAAUGAAAUGGAAUCUGUGAAAAAACUGAAGUACUUUUCCCGCCUCCCUAAGCAUUCCAUGUUUCCCCUUGCCACCCCCCACCCCCCCUUCUUCCCCUUCCACAAAUCCCUUCUUUAUCAGCUUCUUAAUAAAUCCUUUUGCUUCGA